CUUCCUUCGACGUCUAAGCCAAUUAUUUGUCACCAAACAACGUAACCAGGAAGGUGUAGAACUUCUCAUUCAUAUACAAAGCUUCAUGCUGCCAGGAUGGCAGUCACCAAAGAAAUCUCCUACGAGGAUCUGAAAGGGCUUCUGGGAAAAAGCCAGAAUCUCCUCCUGGUUGAUGUCCGCACUAAAGAGGAAGUGGAUAAAGGCCGUAUUCCAGGAUCUGUCCAUAUCCCAGUCGAUACAGUAGAAGCUGCUUUUGCAAUGGAGCCGGAAGAAUUCAAGGCAAAGUAUGGAGUAACCAAGCCGGCGCUGGACGCCCCAGAACUGGUGUUUCAGUGCCAGAUGGGCAAGCGAGGGGGAAUCGCCACAGCCAAGGCCCACGAAAUAGGAUAUAUAAACGCACGUAAUUACACGGGAGGAUACAGGGAGUGGUCUGAGAAAGAGGGAAAGUGAUUUGUGUUGAAGGAGAACCUCAUAUAAUAUCCAUAAUAUAAGUAAAUAUGUAAGCUAGACACAUAAUACAGAGAUAUUGUGGUGUUUGUUUUGUUUUCAUAGUUCAUCACUGUAUUUUAAAUGGAUGAAUAAAAUAAAUUAUGUUAUUUA